AUGGUGUCCAAAGUAGUGGGACAAAGUGCCAGGAAAAUUGUAUCGCUGUUAGAGAAGUUUCCGAAGGAUCGUAUUAAGCACAAUGCAACUUUCAGAACUUCACAGAUAGAAAGAUUCUGCAAUAUAGGAGGAGUGGCCAUUCCGAAGGAUGUGACUGAAGAGAAGGACAAGCAACUACAGGCCAAAAAUGGGACCCUGAAAAUCAAUACGGACAAGAUCAAGAAGGUGAUUUACUCAAAGAAAGAGGAGAAACCGGCGAAUUAUCAGAAAGACAUCUUCACUGAAGAUAUCUUGACGCAGCAGUAUAAGUCGUUGAAGAAUAUUUACGAGUCUAAAUGGGAAAAAUACUAUAAAAUAGACAAAAAGCUUCUUGUGCCAAAGGGAAACCCAAACUAUUAUCAUAGAUUGAUGACAGAUUUGAACAAAGGAGGCCAGGUUAAGGAAGGCUUGUUCACAGCUUUCAAAACCAUCCUUACCGGUAAGUAUUAA